CGUCUAGCUAUGGAACUCUGCCAGUUGUGAUGGUAAAAGUGGUGGGGAAUAAGGAAUGUGACUGCAGGUAUCAAGACAUCCAACUUUAUUGGGAUAUAACAAUCACACAGACGACCAUGUGUACCAGUGGAGAGACAGGCUAUGGAGCGUGUUCUGGACAAUUAGGUGAUCCUUUACAGUGUAUGCAGGGAUCUGUGUGGAUCUUAGCUGGUGUUACUAAUUUUGGGUUUUGCGGCACUGGAGUUGCACCUGACGUUUAUUCUAAAGUAUCCGAAUUCCAAAGCUGGAUCCUAAAUAAUGUUAACGGGUCAGACAUCGGAUUGGAAACUUUUAAAUCUGACGGUGAAGACAAAGACAACAGCUUUCUGUGCAAUGGAGAAGAUACAGUUUCAGGACUUUUUUAUCCAUUUGGAAAUGGAGACACAGAGAACCCCUCUCAGGAUCAUGGACACUCCCCAGUUGUAUUCCAAAAGCCCUUUGUAUAUUUCGGACGUGUUUAUGAACAGACUUAUGUUAAUAACAACGGGUGUUUGACAUUUGCCGGCCCUUUUUCAGAGCCGAUACCCAAUGUUAUACUGUCAAAACUCAACAGAGACAUUAUUGCUCCGUUUUGGACAAACAUGGACAACACUGUCAAUGGAAGCAUCUCCUAUCGGCAGCUCACUAAAGGUGGACUCUUAGUAGCAGCAUCAAACGACAUAAACCAGUAUUUUCCACAUCUGAACUUCACUGCCUAUUGGAUCUUUAUUGCUACUUGGGAUAAAGUGCCGUACUUUAAUGACUCACAGUCGAGCUCAUCUUUUCAAGUUAUUUUGGUCUCUGGUGGCUCUCUGUCCUUUGUCAUGAUCAACUAUGGAAACAUCUCCUCAACGGAUCAGUGGUUUCAGGCUGGCUACGGCACAAUGAACUUGACAAAUUAUUUUUCAGUCCCCAUUCCCACUGCAAAUAAGCUGUCCAACUCCAGCAACGUCAAUCUAUCUGGACGCUGGGCUUUCCGUGUUGAUGGUGGACCUGAAGAAGGACUCUUCUAUCCACAUGGAGAUGAGGAUAUAAAGAACCCUGCAGAGGAUUUUGGAAGUUCUCCUCUGAUCCACCUGGCACAGCCAUUUAAUUACUUUGGGCUAAUUUAUAAUCGACUAUACGUGAAUAACAAGGGGUACUUGACUUUUAAAGAACCAUUUUACCAGUACUAUCCCAAUCUUUUUACUGCAUACUACUCAACUAGAGAUAUCAUCGCCCCACUAUGGACAGACAUUGACAUCACACGUAAUGGAGCUAUCUCUUACAGACAAGUAACAGACGGUCAUGUCUUGAAUCGGGCCUCAAGAGAUGUAAACCAAUAUUUCCCCAAUUUAAAUUUCUCUGCCUCAUGGGUUUUCAUUGCUACAUGGGAUAAAGUACCAUACUAUGGAUACAGACGGAGUGUGUCAACUUUUCAAAUAGUUUUGGUGUCUGGAAAAAACAUGUCAUUUAUACUCAUGCAUUACGGCAGUAUCUCUCAAGCUCCAUAUCAAGUACAGUCCGGCUAUGACACAACUGAUUCCACUGAUUUCUUUUUAAUUCCUGUCUCUGACCCCAAAUUGCUUCCGUACACGAGUAAUGUCAACAUGUUGGGUCGAUGGGCUUUUCGAAUUGACAACACAUCAGCAAACAAUGGACUCUUCUGUCCAUUUCGGAAUGGGUACAAAGUUAAUAUGUAUUACGGAUAUUGGAUCUCUUUGCCGACACCGUUUCCUUACUAUGGGCUCAGACACAGACUUGUUAAAGUGAGAACAUUUAUUCACCUAAAAAUGUAAUUCUUUAGUUAAUUAUUCACUCUCACGUCAUUCCAUUCCAAUGAGACUUUCAUUCAUCUUAGCCGGCUGCAAGCUUUCUAAAACUCUCACA